AUGCUCGACUUCAAGCAGCCUUUUCAUCGCAAUUGUGAGUUGCUCGCUUCGUUUUUCCUUCCCUUAUUUCUCUGAAAUUCCCCGAUUUCAAUUUACUGUCGGUUUUCCUUGUAGGAAGUUGCUCCACUUGUUCCGCCGGUUUCUUUCAACACUUUUGAUAAGGAAUAUUCUCAUAAAAUAUUUGAAUUUAUUUUGAUACGUCAUGCCACGGUUAAUGAAAUAUUUCAAUAUAUCAAACUUUUGAAACAACUGAAUAAAAAAAUCAUUUCUUGAAGUUAUUGGCUCGAAAGCACGUACAGUUCUCUUACGAAAGAUACAAAAAAAGGUUUUUUUGAUUCAACUAUCUUUUUAUGAGAAUCAAUAGUUCUGAAUUUUUUUGAAGUUGUGAAGACUGUUAUUUGUGGCACUCUGGUGGAAUUCCAACUCACAAAAAAAGAAAAAGUUCAGAAAGAUUGAACUUUAUAGAAGAAAGUUUUGAACAAAAAAAUUUUUUUUCAGUACACUUUCGGUGUUAUGUUUCAGUUGUAUGAAAAAAAUAUUUUCCUGAAUUUUCGUCUUUAUGGAAAAGAGAAAAAUCUAAAAGCCUCCAAUAGUUUAUGAACCUAGAAAGGUCUAAAAAUUCACUAUAAAAUUUCAAAGAUCUUUUUUUUUUAAAUAUAAUGAUUUCCUCAUUUCUAAGCGAAACAAAUUCUCAAAAACACUUAUGAAAUCAUUUUCAUUUCAUAAAUAUCUUUCUCAGCCGUAGAAUUCCUCUGGGCUUACCUGUUCCGGUUAUGUAUGACCCCCGCAGCUAACAGCCUCAUCACCUGGACAGGUGAGUUUUCUUCUUCUCAUAUUUGAUAGUUCAUUUGGAAACAAAUAGGUUACGGCCUGCAGUUCAAAAUUAUCAAUUGGAAUACGUUGGCACAGCUUUACUACUGUCCUCAUAACACCUUGGCGUUUAAUGAAGAUGUGAGGAAUAUUUCGAAGGAAACUUGGAAACAAAAAUUGAUUAAUUAAGGAGAUAGAAAACAUUUUCCGGAGGGCGAUCAAUCGAAGCUCUGCGAUUGACUACGUUUUCAACAAAAACGGUUGGUUAAUUAUUACCUCACCAGGUGACGUUUUCUAGCCACCGGUACAAUUUUUGAUGAAACUUGGCUGAAAUUUACUUUGUAUCUACUGAUAUCAAAACAUUCUCUCAAUAGACCUUGUUUUCAAUUUAUGAAGCUUCGAAGAUUGCAAAAUACGCUAAUUUAAGCUUUUGAAGCGCCUUAACUCGGAAACCAGAUCUAUUUCUUUUUUUUUUCUGAAAUCAAAAGACCCUAGAGUAUACUUCAGCAAAGUUUCAUCGAAAGUUCAACACUUAAAGCUAAAAAAAAUCAAGUUUUUUUUUAACAACCAAAAACCAAAAUUGUGGAGAAAAAUUACCUUUUUUUGUGAGUAGUUAAUCUAUUGAAAAAUCUAGUGAGUUUUCCAGUCUACUCUGAAGUUUUAGGAGUUGAUAUCUGCUCCUAUAGAUAUUAUUUUUCAGGCACGAUCGACUUCAUGUUCACUGAGCUCCGUGUGCCCGACAUGGAAGCCUACACCGGCAUGCGUAUCAACGAAAUAAUGGAAUAUUCGAGAUGUUUCCGAGUCGACGGUCGCUAGGAAAUUUGAUACCAGCCUUUUUUUCCAUUUUCUCCCGUUUUGAAGUAUCAGUUUUUGAAACUGAAUGUGUACAUUCAUCCCCGAAUCUUUCACCAAAAACCCCUUCGCCUUAAAGUUUACGAUAAAGAUUUUUUUCCAAUUGCUUCCAAAUUUCGAGGACAUUUUCAAGGGGAAAGUGAGGUCGAUAACUUUUAAGUCAAGCAAGAAGUCAUUUUGAAAUGAUUCUCGCUGAUUUUAAGUAUUUUUUUGAAUCUAUGAGUAACUCUUGAUUUAUUAGACUGGAUUCUAGAUACAAUAGGUUUGGAAAUAAUCAAAUAUGGUAUUGAUUUUUCAUUACAACCAUAGGUUUUUUCAUGUUUCUAGGAUCUUUUUGUGUUUUAAAGGUGCUGGAGACGUCGAAAACUGCAAGUAUUAGGUUCUCUGGAUGUUUUUAUAAGGCUAACGACACGAAAAAUACCUCUGGUUAAGCUUUCUCCAACUCAUGUUGCUUGAUGAUGUUGCGAGGCUCAGGUUCCCACGAAAAAUACUGGAUUUUCGCUAUAAAGUGCAUCCGUUUCCCUCCUCUGCAUUGAGAAAAAAACAUAGGUUCUUUUGAAUGUAUCAUUGAAUAUUCUACACGCUUCCGAUGCCGAGAAAUCGCUCUAAAAUUCUGGCGCAAAAAUCAGUAUGCCAUAAAUUUUAUGCAAGGAGCCGAGAAUGGAGGAAAAAAAAAAACUGGCCUCGACUUCCUCUUUAGCGCUUCUGCUCGUUUUCCGAGGCGCUUACUAGGCGAAUCGAUCUUCUGCUUUUCCUCCAUCUUUCGGGGCUGUGCCAGUGUGUUUUUCCCUUUUUUCGCCCUGGGGUCGGUUCGAGUAUUUGUCAUCGAGCCGCCUAUCUCCAUUAUUUUGCUUUUUGCAGCUUCCUUCGCGCCCAUUUCGUUUGUUUUUUUUGCGGCUCCGGGGUUUCUAACAGCUCGCUGAAGACUCGGCAAACAAAAACUAUAGCUUCUUUUUUUUAUUUCUUGCUGAGAAAAGGGUUUUUUGUCUUUUUAUCAAAUAAAGUUCAAUUUUGGAAGUGUUUGCUAAAAAAAGAAUCUUUUAAAUAUUUUUUCUUUUUUCUAGAGAAGAGCCUCUUUUUUUUCAAAACCUGUAUCAAAUGUUUCCCGAAAGAAAAAAGAUCAUUUUUGUUCAUUUUUUUCUAUUGAGGAACUCCGGAGUUCUUUCUCUUUCUCAAUGUGACCCCUGGGCCCAAAUUUUAUAAGUUUUCGGAAAAACGAGCCUGUUUUUCUUGCGGGGGCUUAUCUCGGAAUUUUCUCCUGUUUCUCCGAUAUCCGACAUUUUUUGAAUUUUUCUGAAGGAAUGGAGCCUUUUUUGGUCUGAAUAACUUUUUCUGUCCAACCUUUGAUCUCUAGACUCGUACAUUUGAAUUUUUCACUAUAAAAACUGCUUUUUUUCCAGGCCUAAAUUCUAUCGAAAAAUCACUGAGUCCUCUUUUUGCUGUUUUGCUUCUGAUAUAUUAACGCGUAUUUUUGAAUUUUCCAAAAAAAGAACGGUUAUUUUUGCUCUGAAGAAUGUCUCUUAAGAAGUCACGGAUUUUUUUUCUUGUCUGACGUGACCUCUGGACCCGUAUUUUCGCACUUAUCGAGAGAAAAACUGUUCUCUAUCAAGAAAUUACAGAUUUUCCUGUUUUUUCUAUCUAACGAACUCUGGGCCCGUUUUUUCAAACUAACAAAAAAAUGCUUUUUUUUGCUCUGAAUAACUUUUCUGGAGGAUAUUGACCUCUGUACGCGUAUUUUUGUAUUUUUCGUUGCUUAUGGGUGUUAAAUUGUUUGUGAAGGCAGAGUGAACACGUAGUUGCAAGUGUUUGCUCCGUGAUUGUAUGUGAAGAGGCUCGGCAACGAGUGCGGCAACCCGCCCCAAGCUCCAUUGGCUUCAAAUCGCCUUCACGUAUAUUUCAUCUCGAUUCCAGCCACCGACCUUCUUCCGAAAAUGUCGUCCAGAAAGUGAGUUGUGUUCGCUCCUCCAUUUGGCUCUCUUGCUUCCUGUGUCUAGGGAAAAUUUCUUCGGUGAUGUAUGGAGCCAGUCAGAAGUUUUCUGAUGAGAAAAAAUAUGGCUUAGCUCCCAAGUUUUCCAGAAAACAAGAAAAGGUUUUGGAUUCUCAGUUGUGUGGAAACCAUGAAAAUCAUAAAUCUAAGCUUCCAAAUUGUUUCAAAUAACAAUAACACGCCUCCAAAAUCUGGAAUUUUGAACUAAAUUUUUCGCGUUUUGAUAAUCAAGGUUUUUCACCUCAUUCAGUUUUCCCAAGAUUCUUAAGUUUUUUUUAAUUUCAAGUUCUUUUAAAAUUUUCAAAGAUAUAGCCUGAAAUUUAAUUUUGUAGUCGUGAUCGUGAAAAUUUGUAGCUUUUUUCCCAUCCAGCUUCAUUUCCUCUAAGCUUCGCGUUGCCAUGCUAAAUAGACUUCUAUCUCGCACUUGUUUUAUAUCUACUUGUUAGCUCAUUUUUCGAAAAUAUUUUUAAAGUCUCCAGAAGUUUGAAAUGAAAAUUUAGUUUUUUUCAGGCCCAAAAAUAGAUCGCGUAAGGUUUUCUAGUUGUUCAUGGGAGCAAUUUUAAUUUUGAGCUUUCAAAAAAAAUGUAAUUAGGCUCUAGUUGCAAUCUUCUGCACUCUCUUUUAUUAAAAGUAACCUCAUCAAUGAAAUGCGAUUUUUUUCUAUGUAGCGUAUGAAUGAAAAAGUCAUGAGAUAUUUUUCAGCUUUGAGGUGUUUCUAAAAGUAGAUAUCGUCAUUUUUCAGCAUGAAAAAAGCAUUUGUUUACUUCAGUUUUCUUUUCGAAAUAAGAAAAAGCUUACGAGAGACAGUUACUUAAAAAGAAGGCUAGGUUCAAAUUUCAAAUUUUAAUUUCUUCAAUUUUAUUAAUUCUAGAAAAUAAUGAGGUUUUUGUCAACUUAAAACGUUUCCGGCAAUCGAUGCGGGUGGCUCAGAGGUGAAAAGCGAAAUCCAUUGAAAAACCGAGGUGCGAAAACGAUUCCAAUGCGGAUUCUGGUCUGAGAGUUACACACCAGCCGCCGGCAUGGCUUUCAGCUGCUAAACUCAUCAAUUACACGCUUCCCGGAUUCAAAUGACCAACAUAUUUCAUUUUUCCCCAUUCUCGCGCCGCCUUGCUUGUUUUUCUGUUUUCUCUCGAAAAUUCUCUCGACAUGGGACCAGCUCAACUUGAAUAUUCUUUCUGACAAAAAAAAAUGUAACAAAUGGAAGAAGGAAAGGAACCGACAGAGAAGAGAGAAAAUUCGGUUUUGGGAAAAGAAAUGAGAUAAAGUAGAGUUUUUUCCCCCUCCGCUUUAGUUUGUUCCUCUUUUAAGCUAGAUAGAAGCUUUGUCGGCUAGUAUUUUCUUGAAUACAUUUUUUUCAAACUCAUCUCAACUAUGAAAAGAGUGUGAAUGUCUCAAAAAAAUAGAACUUAAAAAUAUAUUUAGACUCAUUUCUACCGAAAAAAAUGGUUUUUUUCAUCAUUUUUCCUAAUUAUUUUUUUAAUACUUUUGAAUUUCUAUUGAGCUUUGCAGGAAUUUUUCAUCUCUUUCCAAAAAAACAUUCAUAUUUCUAUAAACUUUUCAAAAGCUCUCUAUCUUUGAAUAAAGGAGCUCACUCCGCUCUCUUACCACCAUUACUCGUUUUUCAUAGACUUCGGAAAAAAAAAUGCAAAAUCAAAGCCGGAAGACAUUAAUUGACAUUUUUCAAAAAUUUCAAAGUCAAGUUAUAAAUUGUUAUUGUGAGAAAAUGAGGAGUAUUGAAUUUUUUCAAAUUUCUUCUGAACUUUUUUUCAAACGUCCAUAUGUAAAUAAUUGAUAAUUUCGGAGUUUGCAGAGUUUCACGAGCCGCUCAUUACGACGGUGCGCCGCCGCAACCGACCAACGCCAUGAGUGUCGUCGCAGAAGGCCAUUUUCGGUUUGUUUGUAGUUCAUUUUUUCUUGAUUUUCAUUCCUGAGAGUGCGAAUAAAGUUUCUGGGAUACUGAGAAUGUUUCUAUGAUUUCUAUGAAAGAGAACGCUCUGGUUGUCUUGGUUAUAAUUAAUGCGCUCCGAAAUUUGCUUCUUCUUCUUUUCAACUUUUUGUUCUGUUUUGCCGGAAAUAUAGAACUGAAAAUUUUGUCUUUUUUGUUGGUUUUUGUCGUUUAGCGCCUCUCAGCCUAAUUCAAAAAAAUUCUUUUUUUCAUUAAAAUUCUCAAUCACAGUCUGCUUCGUAAAUUUGAUUUUUGCUUCACAGUUCGUUCAAAAUGAUUCAAAAUGUCGUUCUACUGAAAAUUUGGCUCGACAUGAUGCAAUCGAUUAUUUUCAAGUUGCACCCGACCAAAAGCUACCUGAGCACUUCAGCACAAUUUAGGUGACUACCUUCCAGAUUACAUCAACAAAACGUCUUGAACUUUUCAUAAGCCUUCUAGUUCUAGAAAACCCGGUAUGACUCGAGUCGUUUUUCUUAAAAUCAUGACGUUUCGAAAUGAACCGACUGAAUCUACCUAUAGCCUCUUUUUCCUCCCUAAAAUCUGAAAAAUGCCAGCUUUCCAUUUUCAAUUGACCUAGUUUUAGGAAACAACCGUUUUUCGAUGACGAACAAGGUUAUUAUUACAUCUCUGCAUACAUAGAUUUGAAAUGAAAACCAAACAGAAGCCGCCCGAAAAACUCCGUUUCUCAUGCACAAAGCCUUUUUUCCAGGUUUUUGUGAAACUUUUUCGCACACGACGUAUUUAAUUUCUGGAUUUUUUAUCUCUGGUGGGAAAAUCUGCUGUUUUUUUCAACUGUCUUUGUAUUGGAGGGAACUGAAUUUUCCCUUUGUUGGCCUAAUUUUGUUAGACGUUUAUCUCAUUUCGGUUCCUUUCUUAAAUUGGAUCCAAGAGCAGUCUUUGAGCUCGCAAGAUUUUCCCUCAUUUCCUUGUUGGUUUUAUAUUCCUUCACUGAAUUGUAUUUUAUGUAAGUUUUCUUUUUUGGUGAUUCCCUCAUUAGUCAGAAAUAGAGUCCCAUUGGAACAUCUUCGUUUUUUCUUUGAGUUAAGGCGCUUCAAAAUAAGUAAAACAAACUUCUUGAACUUCUUGGGAAGAAUUCUAAAGCUAUAUGUUCCUUUUUUAAAGCGCCAUAACUUGAACAGAAGUUUUAUUGUCAAGAAUCAUUCCUGAGCUCAAAUAAGGAUCCUAAAGUACAAUUCAGUAUAAAGCAUUACUUUGAAAAAGUUCUUGAGCUUUCGUGAAAAAAAAAAUAUAAAAUCAAAAAGUUACAGAGGGAUGAAAGAACUCCUGUCCUCGAUGGAUCUGGACACAGAUGCCAACACGGUUUCCGAGUUCAAAGAACGAACUCAUAUGCUUUGCGCAAGGUUGGAACAAAUCUUCAAAUUGUCCUUCUGAUUCUUUUGUUUGAGAUUUCUUGGUGGAGCGUGGAAAACAGUCCCAUUGGAACAUCUUCGCAUCAGUCGCAUCAAGUUAGUUUUUUCUGCUCAGUAUUCAUAGCCAUCAGGAAAUUUAGAAGUGGCAGGGUUUGUGAGGGUGCAAAGAAGUAGAUUAAAUUGGAUUUUCUAUCUUGAAUUGGACUUUUGAAUCUCUGGAACUUCACAUUGGCUACAAUUUCCCGAUCAAAAACCAAAAAAAAAUUGGUGACCAAACUCGGAAUCUUAGCUUUGCGUGUUUUUAUGUCUUUAUCACAUCGUUUUCAAGGGUUUAAUGAUUAUUGGGGUAGAGUAUAAGUUGUAGCAGAACUGAAAGUUACAAAAACUGAGCUGAUUACGACCAAAGGUUGGGGAAUGAACACAAGUAUAUAUUUAUAUAUGGACAAAGGCUGAGACGGUACAGAAAAAGCACAGAAAAAGUAAGUAAGUAUACAAGUUUCAUGUACAAAGAUCUGAUUGAAAUACGAAAACAGUAGAUAUUUCAAGAUUUGAUAGUAGGGAACAAAAAAAUGGAAGUAAAAAUUGAGCAUGAAAAUGUUGGUCACAGGGAAAGGCCACGUAUCGAAAGAAAAAUUUACCUGAUUCAUUCAAGAAAGUGGAAUUAUUUACAUGUGAUCAAUUUGAAAAGAAAUAAAUUAGUUGAAAGGAUGAAUGAGUAAAAGCUCCUUUGUUGGUAGAAAGCCGGUGAAGGUCACCGUUUUGAUGAGAGGGCUACGGCUUCAACCUUGCUGGUCAGGCGAGUUAACGUCGCACCGCUCUCCGAGGGUAGCUGUUCCUGAGGCGUUGUGA